CCUCACCAUCACCAACAGCAUUCAAUCAAGCCAGUGAUGCCGCCCAUCCGUCACGACAAGAAGGCGGCAAAAAGAGCGCAACGCGAGGCGCAGGCCGUGUCUCUUCGUGACCUGAAAUGGAAGCCUGUGGAGAUUCCGGCUAUGGCGCUUGCCUCUGGCUCGAUGGGGUCGAGGAGAGGAGCCGCUGCACCCGCUGCUGAUGGCGUGGAGGAAGAGGAGCAAGGUGACGAGUGGGACCCAUUUGCCAAUCUUGAUGAAGCUGGAGGGGAUUUCAUGGGUUUGCAAGAGGUCAAGGGCGUGGGAGUCAAGUACCAGGAGACAGAGAGCGGGGCCAAGAGGGUCGAGUUCUACCAGUUGGACGGGGACAAUGAGCAGGACAGCCAAGAGGAGGUCAAGGCCCGACUGCCAGCAAAGGCGGAUCGCAAGCAGAAGAAGGCAAAGGCAACCGCAGCUACUGUGCCCGUCGAUGUGUCCUUUGAGGCCAGCCAAUCCACCUCGACCGCCUCCAAGGGCAAGAAGAGGAAGCUCGACGAGGCAGAGGCUUCAACAUCGUCGAAAGAUAACGAGAAAGAAGCCGAAAAGAAGGCUACUCAGGCCGCAAAGGCGGCAAAACCAAGCGCAGCCGCCAAGAGCGACCACGACGACGCCGACUCUCUUGCGAUCCCCUCCGGCCUCUUCGCCUCAUUCACCUCAAACCUCGACUCCGCACAAGAUGGCUCCCCUUCGUCCACCCUCUCCUCCAUUCGCUUCGAGGACCGGAAGCUCUCUUCGUGGCCGAAGCCCGUUCUGAGCAUUCUUCAUCCAGCCCUCAAACGUGCUGUAUUGGGGCUAGGCUUCACCAAGCCCACCUCCGUGCAGGCAAAAACGCUGCCCCUUUCACUGUUGCCACUCUCGGCGCCAACUUCGGAGGAGGAACGACCUCGCGACCUCAUCGCUCUUGCUCAAACCGGUUCGGGAAAGACGCUCGCAUACGCCCUUCCCAUCCUACAGCGUGUCCUAGCUUCACGAUCUUCCUUCUACGACUCCGCCUCCCGCCCUCUGCAUGCACUCAUCAUCCUCCCUACUCGUGAGCUCGCCCUUCAAGUGUACGAGGUCUUUCAAAAGCUGGUGGAUGCUUCAGUCGGCGAAGGCGGCAAGAAGUGGGUUCGCAUCGCGCCUAUUGUGGGUGGGAUGAGCGAGGAGAGACAGUGGCGUCUGCUGCGAGGGAGGAAGAACAGGCGUAAUGACGAGGACGGUGCUGCUGACGAGGAAGGGGAGGAAGGGUCGCACGAUGCCGAAAUAGUCAUCGGCACAGUCGGCCGACUCUGGGAGCUCUGCAAGUCAGACGACUAUCUUCCCACCCGUAUACGAGACGCUGGCACGCUCGUACUCGACGAGGCGGACCGUCUUCUUGAGACAGGCAAGUUCCAAGAACUUUCCAGCUUACUUGAGCUUCUCGAUCCAGACAAUGACGAGAGGCAGACUCUUCUCUUCUCUGCAACAUUGGACGCGACGCUGCAGGUGAACCUGGCGAAGAGCAGGGCAAAGGUGGCUAGAAUGGUUAAGCAGAGCAAGAAGGGUGGAAAGGAUGCCUUGAUGGUCAAGUUGGUGGAGCAGGUGGGAUUCAGGGAUCAGAGAGGGCCUGAGUUGGUGGAUCUGACAGUCGAAGCCAAGACUAGUGAGAGCUUGAAAGAGGGCAAGAUUGACUGCCUUGAUAAUGAGAAGGACCUCUACCUCUACUACCUGCUCCUCCGUUACUCGGGCAGUUACCUCGUCUUCCUCAACUCGAUCGAUUCGGUCCGUCGACUCCAACCGCUUCUGACAAAUCUCAACGUGCAAUCAUUCCCGCUCCACGGCGAGAUGGACCAGCGCUCACGCUUACGCUCCUUGGAUGGGUUCAAAAAGACCAUCUCUCCCGGCGCGAGCAAGACAUCAGUGCUGCUGGCAACAGACGUGGCCGCCCGAGGUCUGGACGUCCCGCUCGUAUCUCACGUGGUGCACUUCCACCUUCCCAGAUCGGCCGACUCCUACAUUCAUCGAUCAGGUCGUACGGCUCGCGCUGGCCAAUCAGGCCUGUCGCUGGUCCUUCUAGCCCCAUCAGAAAAGUCUCGCUGGAUGAGUCUCCGUAAACAGCUCGCGCCCACCCCUGCCGGAUCACUCAAAGAGGAGCUGAAGGACCUGCCCAUCCUUCAUUCGGUGCUCGGUCGCCUCAAAACCCGCAUUCGCCUCGCAAAGGAGCUGGAUGAAGCGCGCCAUCGCUCCAGGAAGGAGAAGGCUGAGGAUGACUGGAUGAAGAAGAUGGCAGAAGAGGCCGAGAUCGCCCUCGACGACGACGACGAUAUCGACCCUGAUGCCCCGCAAGCUCGCAAGGUCGGAGGCGGAGGUGGUAAGAAGGGCAAGGGGAAGAGCAAAGAGGACGCAGCGACUACACGACGAUUGGAGGCGGAGCUUGCGGAUGAGUUGAGCCAGGACGUCGUGGUACGUGGUGUGCGUCGUAAGUUCCUGACAGGGGGAGCCGCAGGCGUUGGAUCUGGGGCGGAUGGUGCGUCAUCUAUGCUGAGGGACCUCGUUGAGGGGACUGGCCAUGCUACGUUCGUUGGGCUGGGCAGGAGUACGGCGGAGCAGGAUCUGGAGGCAGGGCUGGGCAAGAAGAAGGGAAGAAAGAGCGAGUCAGCCUGAGUGCUGAGCUGAGCCUUUUACGGUUGCGAGUGAGCGGCAGACCUCCUCUCAUAUCCUUGCAGCAAUGCACACGAAUCAAUGACAC